AUGACAACGGCUCCUUUUCAUCCACAAUCGAACGGUCAAGCCGAACGAUUUGUGGACACCUUCAAAAGGGCAGUUAAGAAAAUUCCGGAGGAAGAAGGUUCGGUCAAGCUUGCGCUGGCUGGACGUUUUCCUUCUGACUUACCGUUCCACACCAAAUCCCCACGUUCCAGGUGGGAUGUCACCAGCAGAGGCGAUGUACAAUCGACCGCUAUGAACAUCGGUUCUUCCAAAGCACGGUCGUUCAAUCCAAAGGAUUCCGUAUAUGCUGGAAUUUAUGCCAACAAUAAGUGGUCGUGGUUCCCUGGAACGGUAGUAGAGAGGAUCGGCACAGUGAUGUACAACAUCUGGAUGGACAAUAGGAAGCUGGUCAGAUCACACAUCAACCAGCUCAGACAACGAGAUGCUCCUAGGACAACAACGAAGGCGCAGGCGAAACAAGGCCUUCCACUCAGCAUCUUGCUUGACGAGUGGAAACUAUCUAUGCCAGCAUCAGCGACACCCCAGGCUGUCCGAUUGUCUGAAACGGAAGUCCUGGAGCAAUCGCGGUCCACGAUAGUUCCAACAUCACCCGCUGCAUCUGCAAGUGGGCUCUCGACAUCAGCGUCUUCACCUUCGACGGCCUUCGAGUCUGCGGCUGAUAGCUCACCGGCAGUGCAACUACCUCGGCGCUCUUCUCGAAUCAGAAGACCACCGCGACGGUUUCAGCCGUACCUUCGGUACUAG